UGUGCUCUGAGUUCUAUAUAAACAAGAAGUGAGGCCAUUUCAAUUCAUCCCAAACUCCCCCACAGCCAUAGGAGUGUGCCAUGGUUUCCCAAGUCCCAACUAGGAAGCAAUUCUAGCAACACCACCUUGAAGUAAGUUAUAGGGUAACCAAAGCAAGAAAGCCACCAUAUUCACUCUAAGGAGGGCUUGCCCUAUACUCUGCCACCCAACUCCAACUAUAGGCAAAUCCCAAACUACUCUUCUUCCACCCUUUCUUUCCUAAAAGUUCAACUCAUCCAUCCCCUUCAUUUCGCUGGUCCCCAAAUCCCACACCAAAGAAAAGCAAAUGGGCAAUGGCAUCACCAAAAACUCCGGCAACACCUCUGCAUCGGUCGUCUCAUCGGACCAAGUGCCCGGUGAUAUCCAUGGCAACUCCUUCAUGUAUGUGCCAAUAGCCAUCGCCUUCAACAAGUCCCCAAUGGGUACUGUGUUAUCAUCGAAAACACCCUUCUUCUCAUUGUUUGGGGCAGCCAUCAACGCCAACCAAGCGACGUCAUCUUCAAUGCCGUCCUUCCGCCUUCUUAAUGAGUUGAUGGGGCCGCAAUCAUCUGGAUGCACCGUUAAGAGCUCGUGCUCCUUCGCCGCUGCACCGCUGCUACAGGCCACACCAACUAGGUCGUCCAUGUAUGGCCGCUUCUUCAAUUCAUCCGGCACCGCAUCCACUAUCGCCAACCAACUGGCAGGGCGGCCCUUCAUGUCUGGUAUGCUAGACCGCUCCUUCUCAUCGUCCUCCUCCUUUGUUAGUCACCAGCCCAGUGUUUCUCAUCUCAUGGUUGAACAUGGAGCCAUGAGCUCUCGGCGUUGCAAUGAGCGACCUAUCGACAAAUUCUUGGAUGCAUCCGCCUCCAAGCUCGAUUUCAGGGUGCCACACAACAAGCUCCUAUCAGAGGGUCCUACUGAGGCGUCAGUUAUGGAUUCCUCUAGCAACGGGAAUCACCACUCGCCACCGAGCCACAAUGUGCAGUGGACUCAAGGCAUGGCCGGCGAGGACCGGUUCCAGGUGGCGCUCUCAGAGGAGCACGGGUGGGUGUUUGUGGGGAUUUAUGACGGCUUCAUCGGUCCCGAUGCAACCGACUACCUCUUUGCGAACCUCCAUGUCGCCGUGCAUCACGCACUCAAGGGUGUGCUCUGGGACAACAUCCAGUGCAAUGAACCGGCAACCACCGCCGAUCACCUCUUUUUCCUGGAUGGAGGCAAUCACAGCCCAGAAUUUGAUCGUAAGCCAGCGAAGAGGGGUCGAACAGAACAUCGUGAGGCAGACAAUUCUGCCACGUCUGGGGGCAACUUGCCAAUGCACGACGAAGUCCUCAAGGCGCUAGAACAGGCGCUGAGGGAGACGGAGGAGGCAUUUUUCGAGGCAGCGGAGCAGGGCGCAGCCGACAACCCGGAGAUUGGGCUGAUGGGGUCAUGCGUGCUAGUGAUGCUGAUGAAGGGCGAGGACGUUUAUGUGAUGAACGUCGGGGACAGUCGUGCCAUGCUGGUGAGUCGACGGGAGCCUAGUCGUAACAACAUCCACGGUAAGGUGGUGGCACAGGAUCUGCAACAAUCCAAGACCAAGAUCAUGCACUCACACGACAUGGGUGGCCUACAGUCUGUGCAGCUCAACGCUGAACACAAUACCUCCGUUGAGGAGGAGGUAAAGAGGAUCAAGGGCGAACAUCUCGAUGAUCGCAACGCCAUCAUCUACGGCAAGGUGAAGGGGAAACUCAGCGUCACCAGAGCAUUCGGGGCUGGCUACCUCAAGGAGCCAAAGUGGAACAAUAGGUUGUUAGCGUCCUUCAAGAUCGAUUACAUCGGCGAGGAGCCCUACAUCAAUUGCAUCCCAUCACUGUGCCACCACCGUAUCGGUCCCAACGACAAGUUCCUGGUGUUGUCGUCCGACGGGCUCUAUCAGUAUUUCACCAACAAAGAGGUGGUUAAUAUGGUAGAGAUGUUCACAGCUAUGUUUCCUGAGGGCAAUCCUGCUCAUCAUCUCGUCGUUGAAUUGUUACUUCGGGCUGCAAGGAAGGCUGGUAUGGACUACGAUGAACUGCUCAAGAUACCCCAUUAUGAAAGGAGGAUGUACCAUGAUGACGUUUCCGUCAUCGUGAUCUCGUUCAAGGGGGGAAUGUGGAGAUCCUCCGUUUAGGCGAUGUGUUGGUGGUGCAUAGUGUGUCCUCGCUUCAUAGAGUUUCAGAAGUUGGUUGCCCAGUGAGCAACUCAAGGUGUUUCAAGAGUUAAUAAAGAGCUGAAUAAAAUGCUUCCGGUGGGCUAGUAUGGUAUGGUGACGUUGGAAAGGCGGGGCGAGCAGGACUGUCGAAGCACAUGCACCAUGAACAACUUUGUUAGGUCUUUUUUCUUCCUUCUCUUGAGAAUAAUGUUCCUUCAUCGCCGUAAGCCCAAAACUAGUAUGCAUAGCUUGGCAGGAGGACUCUAGUUCUAGUAUGCUUGUGUAGUUAGGUUUCCCCCGCAAUUAUGGUCAUAGGUGAUGGUAAAAAGAAGAAAAGGAGAAACUGUAUAAGAGAAAUAAGAAUGUUAUGUUUGUUCA